AUGGCUUCAGGAGGCAUCAAACAAUGUAUACAGGAUAUUACUCCAUAUUUGCUUCUUCUAGUCUUCAUAUCGACCCUUGGACCCUUACAAUUUGGCUUUCAUUUGUCUGAAUUAAAUGCACCUCAGGAUAUUAUUACAUGUAAGAAACAAAGUGUUUCCGAUUCGACAUUUAACUUCUCACUCCCACAAUGUAUACCUAUGACCGAAACCGAAUUCGCCGCCCUCUCAUCUCUCUUCGUUCUUGGUGGAUUGCUGGGAGCUUUGGGUUCAGGUGCCGUGUCGACGAGUUAUGGUAGAUUGUUUGCUAUGAGAAUUACAAGUGUUUGUUUUAUCUUAGGCUCAAUUCUGGAAAUCUUUGCGGGCACAGUUACAAUGAUGUCUGUUGGCAGAUUCUUUUCAGGUAUCGGUGCUGGAGCUUCAACAGUCGUUGUACCAAUAUAUAUUUCCGAAAUUGCACCACCAAGAGAAAGGGGAUUAUUUGGAUCCAUGACACAAAUUACCACGAAUGUAGGGAUUCUACUUACUCAGGUCCUAGGUUACUAUUUGAGUAAAGGAUCAAAGUGGAGAAUCAUACUGGCAGUCGGAGCAGGACUUGGGUUGUUACAAGGGAUUGGGCUUCUAUUCAUUCCAGAAAGUCCAACAUGGCUUGCCGCACACAAAGACUCUCAAAAGGCUGUGAGAACACUUCAGCGAAUUCGAGGACAUGGUUCCUCAAUCACGGAAGAGAUUGAAGAUUGGGAUAUCAAAACAUCAGAAUUAGAAGAAGAGCGUCUUCUACUUGACCCAGAGCUCAACCGAAGAGAUUCUAUUACUAGCAAAACAACAGCACAAAAUGUCGGGUUCUUUCAAGUCAUCAGAGACCCACUUUAUCAACCUGCAGUCAUCGCCGUCAUUGGUAUCAUGUUUGCCCAACAACUUUGCGGAAUCAACAGUAUCAUCAUGUACUCUGUAUCACUCCUUUCUGGUCUUCUUCCUGUCUCUUCAUCCAUCAUUACAAUCCUGAUUUCGGUCGUCAACCUGGUCGCAACCAUCGCUUGUGCACCCUUAGCCGACAAAAUUGGCCGAAAAGCAUGCCUUCUCCUUUCCAUAACUGGUAUGGGGACAAUGUCCCUCGCAUUGGCCCUUUCUCUUCGUUGGGAAUUGAAAAUUCUCUCUGCUAUAUCCGUCAUUCUCUUCGUGACCUUUUUCGCAACGGGUCUUGGACCGGUUCCCUUCAUGAUGGCUUCAGAAUUUGUUGGUCCGGAGGCUGUCGGUGCAACGCAAAGUGUAGGCUUGGCAGCCAAUUAUGCCGCUACGUUUUUGGUAGCUCAAUUCUUUCCGAUAAUCAACUCGAGAUUAAACAAAGCAUUAGGAGGUGUAGGUUGGGCGUAUUUCAUAUUUGCAGCGCUGGCGGUGUUGUCUGGAAUAUUUGUCAGUUGGAGAGUUCCUGAGACUAGAGGCAAGAAAGAUGCCGAUGAAGUCUGGGGGAGGACGAGAAGGGUUGAUUGA